AUGUGUUUGGUGUGAGCAAAGCGAGGCCCGAGUCACUUUUGUCGCGAAUCGAAGCAAGGGCACGUGUGAAGGAGCAUAAAAGGACCAGCUUGAAGAGAAGCAGAGUCGCAGGCUUGGAGUAAGUUAGAGUCAAGCCUCACCACGGCAGUGCGCGACAUCAUGGAUUCUACCUCGCAGAUUGCUCUCAGAAUGGCGGCCACAAGCACCCCAACAGAAGAUGGCUUACAAGCCUCACCGCUCCUACGCCUGCCGAUGGAGAUACGCCUUAUGAUCUACGAAUACAUGCUGCUGCCCUCAUCGCAACCCACCACAAUCCAUAGCACCUCGGUCGCCAAUCUCGUUCCCGAUUUCCACACCUACUUCUCCGAAGACACCAACAACGACCGCUUCACCCUCAGCGUCCGGACAAUCGACCCCUGGCUCGGCGCCCAAGCAAGCCGUACCUGGCGCCGCAGGUCAACGUACCACGUCAGAACCGGGCCCUUCCUGACCACCACAACGCCAACCACAUACCGCGUCCUCCUGUCCCCCUACACGGCGCAUCUGCGCUCCACGGUGCCCAGCCUCCUCGCCAUCAACCGCCAGAUCCACGCCGAAGCAGCCAAGAUCUUGUACUCGACUUACACCUUCGCGUUCCACACGAGCAUCGAAGCCGCGGUCCCGUUCCUCAGCGACCUAACCCCGCUCUCGCGAAGCCAUGUGAAGCGUCUGAGUCUCACGAAAAAGGCGCUGCCGUACACCAAGGAAUUCGACCGCGCGGAGUGGGCAGCCCUCUGCGCCUACCUCGCCGAGGCGUCCGCAGCACAUCCGAACGCGCCCUCGACCACACAUCAGCAACCGCACACUCCCGCCAUGUUCCUCCAGCACCUACAUCUCGGCGUCGUAGCAGGCCGUCCGGACUCCGGAUGGGACCACAUCAACGCCCCGACCGCGCGCGACUACACCACCAUGCAGCGCAUGAAGCAGUGGGGCGCCAGCUCCACGGGCGGCAUCGAUCUGGAGUGGGCAGAGCAGUUGAUGAGCAUCAGGGGACUGAGGAGCGUUGGCGUUAAAGCGCUGGUGGAGCAUUGUGCCCCCGCACAGAGCGAGAAAUUGGCGUUUUGGGUCGCGUUUAGUAAGAGCGUAGUGGAGGGCGGGUUUGCGGAGUGGUUGCGGGGCGUUAUGGUCGCGUAGGCGGGGGGUUACAGACCUCGAAAGCGAGGGCUUGUGAAUUUGAUUGAAUGGGUGCCAGUGAGCAAUCAUCCGCAGCUGAACGACGCGAUUCCCA